AUGUGGAGUGCUGUAAAGGAUGGGGGGGCUUCACACACUGGAAAGGCCCAGAAAGAAGCCGUACAGAAAAUGUGUGAACACGAACGUGCUCCGUUUGAGCCAAAAGUGAGGGUGCAAAGACACAACUCAUUAUUCAUUAUAGAUUACUCUGAGAUUCCACCCCAGGGUGAUUCUAUUAAAACGAGUCUUACAAAGCAGAAGGCUUCGGCAAUUACCAACUUCAAAGUAUACAUUUAUAUUGAUAUCCCAACAAUCGACUAUUAUAUGGAUGAAUUAUCUGAUUAUAAGCUGUCAAGAUUCAACAAAAAAUUCAAACUGCACCUGUUACGAGAGUCUAUCUAUAAAUGCUUUACAAAUGGAAAUGGUCAAUUUUGGGAGGAUUUAAUCUCUCUUAAUGAUCAACUGAAGAUCUGUACGAUAUCAAUAUCAUCCUCCGGGUCAUUACGAUAUGUUGAAACUGUAAAAUUUCUGAUGGAGACCUGCUAUGAAAGUUUAAUGGAGUACAUUACUGCGGGAAAAUUAGAGAUCAAGUUUAGAUUGGAAGUUUCGCCGACAUCUCACAAAUGGUUUCUUACCUUUUUAGAUAAAAGAUUGAUAUCAAACGAAAUCAUUGAGUUCAUCCAGACAGGGUCAUAUUUGGAGUUUUCUGAAAACGCUUCAACGCCUUUUAAAGAAUACUACGCUCAACUUAAUUCCAAAUUCACAUCCAAACAUGAAAUAUCAGGUUCGCUGGAAUCCAUAGUCAUCAUAACAAACUUAACAGGUGUCAAAGCACUACUAACAAUUCUAUCGGAUCGACCACUGACAAGUUACAUUCUGCAAGAUUCCAUUGACGCCUUACAUGAUAAUGGUUUGACUACCAAGCCCUCAAAAGAUAACAAUACUGAUGCAAGUGAAGAAGAGACACAUUUAAAAAGGGAGUCUUCGUCAUUAUUGAGCUUUCAAAAUUCGUUAGUGACGUCUAAUAAGGAUAAAUCAGUCAGAAUACGAUCACUCUCUUUGAAUAGAAAGCUGCAUAAAAGUCAAGGCUUCACUAGUGAUGAUUUGAUGAUUCACAAAACAACUUCAAGAGACAUAUCCACUUCAAAUACCGCAUGUGCGAAGCAAACUAGCUUAGAUACCCGAAAUGCGUCGAAUUUUCGGGGUGAAUCUCAAGUCAACUCCGGCACUUCAAAUAUUAAUGAUGAACAAUUCGUCAGCCGAGGUGACGAGGGUGACUUCGAAAACAUUGCCCGAGAAGGAGAUGAAGAGGAUGAAGAGGAUGAAGAGGAUGACGAAGAGGAUGAUGAGGAUGAUAAGGAAAAGGGUAAUGACAGUGACGACGGAAUUAGUUUCAGUGUACCGAGUAAAUUAUCAAGAUCUGGAUCUUCAUUUGAUGUGCGUGACUCCGAAAGACCUGCAAGUAGACGCGGGAGAUUCAGAUCACUGAGUCUGAUGGAUCCCGCCCUUCAUGGACCUUUUAAAGAGCGGGGCUCUUCACUAUCUCUAGAACCUACUGAAGACGAACCUUCAUCAUUCGAGGAAAGUAAAGUCUCCAAUAUUUAUGUACAUGAUGGAGAGUUUGAGGAUAUAACAUCUUCGAGAAAAGGCAAGAAAAAAUUAAAUAAGAACUUGUUAUCGAGACAGAAUUCUGCCAAUGGCUUGAUACCACCGGAGUUCUAUUCUAGAAUUUCGUCACCAUCGACAAGCGCAAGUAGUUCGAAUUCCUCUUUGCAAAAUUUAAACAUGGCUCCAGGAACAUUUUCUAAAUGGUUAGGUCCAAGUGAAUCAUCAAAAGACACUUCGCCAAGCCUUGAAAACAAUACGAACAAAUUGUUUGAGAAAAAGUUAAUUGACAAAUCAUAUGAAGAGCAUCGAAGGCAGACCUCUAUAAAUCUCUUCAGCACUCUGAUGGGAGGGUUGAAUUCAAACAGUGACAAAAAUCCUUUAGCAUUGAAUUUCAAAUCAAACAAAGUAAUUCCCCCUGAAAUACAGAUAUUGGAUGAGGAAGAUUUAUUGAUGUCAGGAUACCACAAUGGAAAUGGAAAUUUUACAGCGGAGGAGACAUCAGAAGAUGAAAUAAGAUCAAUCAGUACAGUGGUUGGAGAUGACAAUGUGUUUGGCGUACUAGAUUCUGCAAGCAGUAAUAAUUUGAACCGCAAGUCGACCGGUGAACGAUCGCUGUCAAAUAGUAGUUCAAAGGCAUUCGCCGCAACAGUAGAUCUAAAUCUGCAGCUUUACGGUUCUAAUAGUGACGAUCAUGAGAAUAAGGAAAAUAAUCAAGAGGAAAGUGUGGACAACGGGAUGCUGCGAGACAGACCAAAGGUAAAGUAUAAAAAAGCUAUUCAACUCGAUUUGUAUGGUGAUGAUGAUUUGGGUAAUAUGGGUGGAUGGAUUCUUGGAGGAAAUGCAAGAUGA